UAUAGUGAAAACAAAGCAAUUUUUAUAAAUGGUAAAUAGCACUUCUAACUACUCAUAGUUGUAUAUCGUUUCCUAGUCAUCAUAGUAUGUCAUUGACGCUGUUAUUAGUUUCCAACAGAUUUUAAUUUCAGGCGCAUGCUUCCUUUUAAUAUUAACCAUAAUUCAGACCAUGCUUACUGGUGCAAACUUAGCCAUCAGUGUGUAUUAAUGUGUGACUUGCCGUAUUAAGUAAUAAGUGACAAAACUUUAAAACGUGUAUGGAGUAAAAUGAGUGGUGAAACAAAAGAGGUGAUUAAUAAAAAAUCAAGCAGCAAAAUAGUUUUAGAAGUUCUUCAGAUCAUUGCGGAGAGUUUACUUCUCAUUCUAAAAAUAUUUUUCUACAUUGGUGAGAGUCUGUACAAAAUUCUCGUUCCGCCAACUCUCAAAGAAGUCAAAGGCAAAGUAGUCCUCAUAACAGGAACAGGUCACGGGAUAGGAAGAGAACUGGCGCUACUUUAUGCUGCAGAAGGUGCUACUGUAGUUGGAUGGGACCUUAACGACAAAGGAAACAAAGAAACCCAGGAAGAAAUUGUUCAAAACAAGUAUCAGAAAUGUUAUUUUUACAAAUGCGAUGUUUCCGAUAGGGAACAAGUAUUUCGAACUGCUAAAGCUAUGCGGAAAGAAGUUGGAAAAGUGGAUAUUCUCAUUAAUAAUGCUGGAAUCAUGCCGUGUCAUGCUUUAUUAGAUCAUACUCCCGAUGAAAUUGACAGAAUAUUUAAGGUAAACGUUUACGCUCACAUUUGGACAAUAGAAGCAUUUCUUCCUGAUAUGAUGAAGAACAACGAAGGACACAUUGUUGCAUUAUCUUCUUGUGCUGGUCUAUUUGGGAUAAGGAAUUUAGCUCCAUAUUGCGCUUCUAAAUUCGCUGUUGCAGGACUUAUGGAAAGUUUGUUUGAAGAACUUCACAGUAAUCCCAAUAAUCGAAUACAGUUAACUACACUUUUUCCCUACAUGACAAAUACAGGACUUUGCCGGAAACCUAAAAUUAAAUUUGAAAAUGCGAUGCCCAUGCUUGUGCCUAGUGAACUGGCAAAAGAAAUUAUGAAAGCCCAAAGAAGUGAUCAAUUUGAAGUUGGUGUUCCUAAUUAUCUAACGACAGUGAACAAUUACGCUAGACUUCUACCGCGUAAUGCUCAAAUAGCUGUUCAAGAUUUUUUUAAUACGUACGUAGAAGCGGAUUUGUAAUAGCAUCAUUAUGUAUGUAUGUUGCAUUGUAUUUAAAUUUAUAGAUUAGGUAUUAUUAUUUAAGUUCUUAAAAUGUUGAAUGAAUUUUGUUCACUAUUAUUAAUACCUGUACGUAUUAGAAAAUACCACAAAUGGCGUGGUGAGCGCUAUCUGUAGUACGAUGCUACAUUUGAGGAUUACGUAUGCUACA